UCAUUCUUUUCCGAGUCUUCAAACAGAGCUUUUUCUCUCAUUAAAAUCCGUGAAAUUGGAAGGAAAAUGGAAAGCCGAGAAAACUACUCAAUGAAAUCAGUUUCCGAGAAAUCGUUUUCCGACUCACGGUCUCAGUCUCUGAUGGAGUCCCCUCACUCUCCCCUUCGAUCAGAGUCUCCUUUCCGGUCAGACGAACCAGAACCGCCGGAGUGCUCGCCGGUGAACUCACCGGAAAAGCAUCAGUCCAACUCCAUGGUGCCGGUCGAGAAGUGUUCUCCGCACUCGCCCCACCGAUCUUCCCUUCAAGGGUUGCCAGGGCAGCAUAAUCCGACGGCUUUGCCUCGGGAGCAUGCCAAGUCGCCCCUAUCAUCAGUGGUGACGUUUAACCGCGCUGUAAGGGAUGAGAUGCCGGCGGUGGUGACCAAAGUCGAUCCCAGUGGUGGCCGGGACGGUUUCACCGGAGGCGGAGGAAGGGUAGAGGACGGCGGUAGGGAGCGGCGACCGCCGGGCGCAGUGACGUCGAUAGUUCGGAGAUCCAGAAGAGAGGAUACGGUGAAGAGAGCUGAGCUAGGGUUUAGGGUUUGUGAGGUGGUGUUUUGCUUGAUUUCCUUUUCGGUCAUGGCUGCAGACAAGACCCAGGGUUGGAGUGGUGAUUCUUUUGAUCGCUACAAGGAGUACAGGUAUUGUUUAUCUAUGACGGUUAUUGCAUUUGUGUAUUCGGGGUUCCAGGCAUGUGAUCUUGCAUACCAUUUAGUCACACAGAAACAUAUGUUCUCCAACCGCUCCCGUUAUCAUCUCAAUUUCUUCAUGGAUCAGGUUCUGGCGUAUCUGCUUAUGUCAGCAUCAUCAUCGGCAGCCACCCGGGUUGAUGACUGGCAAUCAAACUGGGGGAAAGAUGAGUUCACAGAGAUGGCUAGUGCAUCAAUUGGGAUGUCCUUCCUAGCCUUUGUUGCCUUUGCCUUCAGCUCCCUCAUCUCCGGUUACAAUCUCUGUAAUCGCAACCCUGCUUGAUCUUGAACCAGGUGAUAAAAUGGUGAAGUGAAGUAAACGGGUGUUCAUGCAAAUCAAUUCUUAUGUUGCGUACACUGUACAAAGACAAGAUGAUAGAUUCAAUAGCAAGCUUUUUUCUUCUUACAAAAGUUUUUAGAUAGAAGAAAACGUUAGUUUCACAAAAAUUAGAUUAUGAUACCCAGCAACGAUGCACCUUGUUUCCCAUCUCAUUGCCCUAAAAUGAUGCAUUGGUGAGUUGGACCCUAUGCCAUUUUACGUUCCCUUCCUAUGUAAAGCAUGAAAAAUAAUUGAUUUUCUAGCCAUAUACCCCAAGCCAAGGGUGGCGUUCGGUCUGAAUUUAUGUGAAAUCUAAAUAAAUAUUAUUAUAAAAGUGUCAUUCA